AUGGAGCAAUUCAUCAAGGCCAUACGUAUGGUACAGAACGGUCAUGUCUCUCAUAGCCCAGAAGACCGCUCCCUGGCCAAAGAGGAGGACACUUCCUCAGAAUUCCUCUUCCAAAAUGGGGGAGAGUCCAGUAUGAGUGGUACUGAAACACUCGCUGACCUUGACCCUGCUCUUGAAUUUAACUGGUUCAUGACCACUAGUCAUUUUGGUGUGGGGCUAUACAAUGAAAUAUCUACCACCCGGAUGCUUCAUGCCCCAGGCACAUCUGUCCAUUACUUCACCACACUCCAUGAAGCUAAGGAGUAUUUCAGGCUUGCUUUGGCGGUGUGGUGUGCUCGCCACCAUCUGGCCAGUAUCCAGCAAGACACCAAGUCAUCCGCAUUGCAAAAAUUGAAUUUUAUAUUGUCUAUCAUAGUACAGGUCUGUCCCGAAGUGUGGCUCAUAUGCCACCAAACAAUACACAAUAAGACUAUGGAGCAGGCAAAGUCUCGAACUCGUUGGCGGGAUGUUGUUGCAUUGUUUCGCACCUUAGACCAACUGAGCACUGAACUUGGGUACAAGUCUGGUGUUCCCGAGGCACGCAUCAUGCAAUCUCGCAGUUAUCGCAGUGCUCCAGAGAGGGCGUGCUACCAAGUUACAUGA